UGCAUAGACAUAUUUGGUUAUGAUCAUAUGCUGUGUUUAAAAGUUGAUAAUGUUAGUAUAAAUAAAUAGGGUAGUGAUGAGUGAGAGAUGCAUAUCGAUAGAUAGAUAAAAUAUGGAGUCGUAUUUGAUGUUGUUUGCUAUUGUUAUAAUAAUAAUAAUUAUGAGUGCAUCGUCUGAGUUAAUUAUUAAACCACCAAUAACUAAUUACCAUCAUAUGCAGAUGAUUAUGCAAUGGCCUCCAACCUUUUGUGGGAGGCCAGAUAAACCGUGCAAGCCCUCUGUAAAUAUGUCGGAUUUCUCAAUCCAUGGCCUUUGGCCAGGGAAUGCUACAGGUCACACUCCUUUUACGUGUACUGAUCCUCCAAAUCCAACGACGGUCGAACAAGUGUGGUUAAAUGACAGGAGCCUAAAGAAUUUCUUGGGGUUGUAUUGGCCUUCUUUGGAGGUUCACUGGACUGACGAAAUGUUAUGGAAGCAUGAGUGGAAAAAGCAUGGGUAUUGCACAUCAGAAAUCGUCCCAGAUGUUAAAUAUUUUAAUGGGGCGACAACAUUUGCGAGACAACUGAUAAAUAUGCUUGUUAUGUUAAAAAAGGGUGGAAUGGAUCCGUCAAAUAAUCGUGCUUACAACGUAACGUAUAUGAAGACACUUAUCUCCGAACAAGUGUUAAAAGAUAAAAUUAUUGAUGUUUACAUCUCAUGUGAUCAGCAGGCCAGUUCUUCUUUCGUCUUCUUGAAGCAAAUUCACUUCUGUUUGGACAAAUCGCUCAACACAUUUAUAUCUUGCCCCAAAAGUACAGCCACAAGAGGAUGUGGUAGAGGAGAAAAACAAAAUCUCAUAUUUCCAACUAUGGCAAUUUAUCGCUAGCUGAUCAAGAAGGAAGCUGCUAAUUAAUUAUCAAGGAUCGGAUCAGAGACUAAUAUAUAUAAAUCUCUGUCGUCUAUGUUCCUAGCUUUUAAAACAAUAUUAUAAUAGUUGAUCGAUGAUGGAUACAUUUUACUAAUAUUAAUAAUACUAUUAUUAUU